GUGUGGAUCAGGGUGGGGUGUUGCGCAUGCACGGUGGCUUUGGCCGUGUAAAUCUCCGUCAGUGGCUGUCUGGAGCGUCCUGCCGCUGCGCCGGAACAAGAGAGAAGAGCCCGUCACCUGAAACAUUUCAUCGUCCACCUUCAGAAUCUCUGCAGGAUUGUCUGGAAACCUUCCUCCAUCGCGUCCGGUUUGUUUUGUGCCGACGGCGGCGAGUGUCAUUGAGCUGCGGGGCGUCACUUCUCCAAACGCGCAUCGGGAAUCAUUACGCGUGCGGAUCUCCAGCCAUCAGCGCAGCGAUGUCCGGAUACCAGGGCAAGAAGAACAUCCCUCGCAUCACUAGUGACCGACUUCUAAUCAAAGGAGCGAAGAUAGUGAAUGAUGAUCAGUCUUUCCAUGCCGACAUCUAUAUGGAGGAUGGAGUUAUCAAGCAAAUCGGUGAAAACCUCAUAGUUCCUGGUGGCGUGAAGACCAUCGACGCCCACAGCAGGAUGCUGAUACCCGGUGGCAUCGACGUUCACACCCGCUUCCAGAUGCCCGACCGGGGAAUGACAGCUGCUGAUGAUUUCUACCAGGGCACACGAGCUGCUCUCGCUGGUGGCACCACUAUGAUCAUCGAUCAUGUGGUCCCAGAGCCGGGCGUCAGUCUGAUCGCUGCCUUUAACCAGUGGAGGGAGUGGGCCGACCACAAGUCCUGCUGCGAUUACUCUCUUCAUGUGGACAUCACAGAGUGGCACAAGGGCAUGCAGGAGGAGCUGGAGGCGCUGGUCAAAGAUCACGGUGUCAACUCUUUCCUGGUCUACUUGGCAUACAAGGACAUUUUCCAGCUAAACGACUCCCAGAUGUAUGAGGUGUUCAGUGUGAUCAGGGACUUGGGAGCCAUCGCCCAGGUGCACGCAUAUAUUUUUUAUAUUUUUUUACUAGAGCAGAAGAGGAUUCUGGGAUUGGGUAUCACUGGUCCAGAAGGACAUGUUCUGAGCCGCCCAGAGGAGGUGGAGGCCGAGGCCGUCAACCGGGCUGUGACCAUCGCCAAUCAGACCAACUGCCCGCUCUACAUCACCAAAGUGAUGAGCAAGAGCGCUGCUGAUGUCAUCGCACAGGCCAGGAAAAAAGGUACCGUGGUGUACGGGGAACCUAUCACAGCCAGUCUGGGGACCGACGGCACUCACUACUGGAGCAAGAACUGGGCCAAAGCUGCAGCCUACAUCACAUCUCCACCCCUCAGCCCCGACCCCACCACCCCGGACUAUCUCAACUCCCUGCUGGCCUGUGGUGAUCUGCAGGUGACUGGCAGUGCUCACUGCACCUUCAACACUUCCCAGAGGGCCGUGGGCAAGGAUAAUUUCACCUUCAUCCCGGAGGGAACUAACGGUACUGAGGAGAGAAUGUCCAUCAUCUGGGACAAGUGUGUGGUGACGGGUAAGAUGGAUGAAAACCAGUUUGUGGCUGUGACGAGCACCAAUGCUGCCAAGAUCUUUAACCUGUACCCACGGAAGGGUCGCAUCGCUGUGGGCUCUGAUGCCGACCUGGUGCUCUGGGACCCCGACACCACCAAAAUCAUCUCUGUUAAGAACCACCACCUGGCGGUGGAGUACAACAUCUUUGAGGGGAUUGAGGUGCGUGGAGCUCCUCUGGUGGUGAUCAGCCAGGGCAAGAUCGUCCUGGAGGACGGGAACCUCCACACCACUGAGGGUUCUGGACGCUACAUCACCCGUAAACCCUUCCCAGACUACGUCUACAAGAGGAUAAAGGCCCGCAGCAGGCUUGCUGAGCUUUGUGGAGUCCCACGAGGUCUAUAUGAUGGCCCGGUGUGUGAGGUCACUGUGACACCUAAGGUCAUGACCCCUGUCACCUCCGGUAAGACUUCUCCGGUCAAACACACUCCUCAACCGGUUCGCAACCUGCAUCAGUCUGGAUUCAGCCUGUCUGGGGCUCAAAUUGACGAUAACAUCCCUCGUCGUACAACUCAGCGCAUUGUGGCGCCCCCAGGUGGCAGGGCCAACAUUACCAGCCUGGGAUAAAAUCAAUUACUCAUUACAGAGAAAAAAGGAUGGGGUGGGAUGGGGGUUAAAGAAACUUGGGCUUUUCACCCAGGAUCGGUCCAGCCGUCUGGACUGCAUCCCAACAAGCACACCUCUACUUCCUCCUACACUUCUGUCCAUCCAUCCACCCCUAACACCCAUCCUUUUA